CGACCGCCAACACGCUGGACGGCCCCCGCCCUCCCCCGCCAUGUCCAAGUCUCUUACGCUGCCAUGGCUACAUGAGUACUUUAUCGACGUCGCGGAGACACACGGGGGCGACCUCCUGUCUGUCCCUGUCCACUCUGCUGCCAAAAAAGUGCAAAUUAUCAAGGCUCGUCUCGUUUGCUUUUCUCGCCAGUCUUUCAAGCUCAUUUGUGAUCCAACUCGCGACGGAGAAGAUAACUGGAUAUGGGCCCACGUGUCUGAUCGCGAGUAUAUCGUUCCUGUGCGAUUCAGUAAGGAGGCGAUGAAGGUCUACAGACAGCACCCUGUGUAUGGAUCGCUUUCUAUAUCGUCAUUCAAGACUGCUAUCAUUAGCAUGAAGGACUUCCGACCAAUGUUCGCCCGUGUGCCCAAUCCAGGCAUGGGCAUGUCCAGCUCCGGACACCUCGUUCUCGAAGUCUGCACUUUCAAUGUGCUUGGCUCUACAGGCGCCAGCAUGUUAGGCUCGCCGAAAGGCAUCGAGACGGGCAGCGACAUAUAUCUGUGGGUUCAGGGGCUACGCGAGGGAAAUGGUGGUGGGAACGUUUUGAAACUCAGGAAACAAGCAGAAAACUCCGCAGACGGCUCAAGUAGUUCCCAACCAGCUCAUACACAAGCCAUGGAAGUUCUCACAUACGGGCGACGACAACGAAGCUCUUCUCCUGAUGGAACCCCUGAGCCAAAGCCGCCAUGUCCGGCUCAACGUCCGAGAAAGAGCAAAGUAAAUCCUGUCAAGGCGCACCAGCGACGUUGGCGUAUUCGCACUGAACCUCCACCAGAGAGCUGGGAUGGUGUGAAAAAUGUAGAACACGUUCACGAACCUUCGAGUCCUUGCAAUCCAGCUGCGCCUGAGAAGAAGCGCGACCCACCGGGAACGCCACCCAAACGUACGUG